AUGUGCAGCAUCGAGGACGCGCCAAACGAAAUUGAAGCAAUCAAAAUUAAACCCAUUACCAAAAAAUGUAUUAAAUGCAAGUCAACGCCAACAAUUUUAAUUCGGCAUUCUACAUAUUGCAAGCCAUGUUUCCAACAUGCUUUUGUUGGCAAAUUUCGUAAAAAUAUGGACAAAUUACGUUCCGCAAAUUCUCAAGGUGAAAAGGUUUUGGUGGGGUUUUCUGGUGGUCCUUCAUCCAGAGCAAUGCUUCAAUUAUUAAACGAUUAUAAUGAAGUUUUACCAAAUGAAAUAUCUAAGAAACCAUUAUUCUCUGAAGUUUUGGUUUGUCACAUUGAUGAAAGUCCAAUUUUCAAUUUAGAUGACAGUGAUGAUCAUGAUGUGAUUUUAAAUCAAAUUGAGCAAGUUGCUCAAAAUUACAAUUAUCCGUUUAUUGGAUUACGCAUAGAUGAUGUAUAUUCUCCUGACUACACUUCUAGUGGUGCAUAUAAUAAAGUUCUUGAAGUCACUUUAGAUAAGUCAAGUCAGCACGAAAUUGAUGAGCUUAACGCUAAAAUAUGUCAACAAGAAAUUUCUACAAAAAAAAAAUUACAUUCAUUACUUGAUGGUGUGUCUAAAUUGACCGCUAAAGAAGAUUUUGUAUGUACGAAAUUGUUGUUGGGUGAUUGUUCAACAAGAUUAUCUAUCAAAAUCAUAUCUUUUACAAGUAAGGGUCGUGGAUUUAGUUUGCCUUUGGAUAUUUCGGGAUUAAAUUCUUAUGUAACAAUCGUGAGGCCAAUGAAAGAUAUGCUAUCUAAAGAAAUCGGUAUAUACAAUAAAUUUCAAGGAUUCGAGACUACUAUCACAAACUCUCUCACAUCCAUGAUGCCGCAAAAAGCAAGUAUAGAUCGAUUAACUGAAGAAUUUGUCGUAAAAUUAGAGCGUGACUUUCCGUCAACUGUGAGCACUAUUUCUAGAACUGCUGCAAAAUUAACUCCACCUGAAUUUAUUGAUUCGGAUAGUCGUUGUAUUAUCUGCUUAAUUGCUCGUUUAUAUAGGCCAUACCAAAAGGAUAACAAAAUUUGGCAAAGCAGAAUUACAGUAAUGACAACUCCUUCGUCAUCUACUACGACUAAGACACAAAAUUCAACUUCUGAAUAUUCUAGUAAGAGUUCAGACACUUGCUCACGUGCUGCUACUUGUUGCUCUUCAGACUGCUGCACAUCCAAAGAUCACAAUAUUAGCAACCUGACAGAUUUAUUAUGUUAUGCGUGUCGAGUAAACAUGCGAGACAUAAAGGGGAUUACACUGCCACCUUAUGUUACUGAAGAUGUUGAGAAAAGAAAUGGACGCGAGAAUUUAAAAAAAA